UCUUCUGAACAUGGGACUUUCCAGAAGGAACACAGCUCCUUCAGCACAUCCACUUGGCCUGGGAUGUUCUGGAUUGGAGUGUGCCCGCUCUUCUGGAGGAUAACGGCCAUGUGGUGCCUGUGGAGUCUUCUCUGGGCAGCACUCCUUCCCAUCGCAGCUCCUGGCGCCCAGGUGUUGAGCAAGGUCGGGGGCUUGGCACUGCUGGUUGCCCAGCACCCCUCCAGCUUCCAAGUCCGAGAAGCCAUCUGGAGAUCUCUCUGGCCUUCAGAAGAGCUCCUGGCCACAUUUUUCCGAGGUUCCCUGGAGACUCUGUACCAUUCCCGCUUCCUGGGCCGAGCCCAGCUGCACAGCAACCUUAGCCUGGAACUCGGGCCACUAGAAUCUGGAGACAGCGGCAACUUUUCCGUGCUGAUGGUGGACGUGGGAGGCCGGACCUUAACCCAGACCUUACAGCUCAAGGUAUAUGAUGUAGUACCCAGGCCCGUGGUACAAGUGUUCAUCGGUGUAGCGGAGGAUGCUCAGUUCCCCAGGACCUGCCAGGUCUUCUUGUCCUGCUGGGCCUCCAAUGCCAGCGACAUAACCUAUAGCUGGCGACGGGAUGGCUUGGCAGACUUCGGCAUUGAACCACCCAGCCUGUUCACAGAUGGACAAGUGCUGAGCCUUUCCCUGGGACCAGGAGAUAAGGAUGUGGCCUACUCCUGCAUUGUCUCCAACCCUGUCAGCUGGAACUUGUCCACAGUCACCCCUUGGGAGAGCUGUCACCAUUAUGAGGCAGCACCAGGGAAUACCGCCUACAAAGAUGUGCUACUGGUGGUAGUACCCAUCUCACUGCUCCUGAUCCUUGUUGGUCUUGUCUUGGCCUGGCAGUGUGGCCCCUGCUCAGGGAAAAAAAAGAAGGAUGCCUGUGCUGAUGGAGCAGCACCUGAAGCAGAGAGCCCCCUUGUGUAGGAUCUGCCGUGAGGAAUGGUGUAAGCUGACGGCUGGAUCACUAGCAAGCCCACUGGCCGUGCACACAAUGCUCUAGGCGUAGCAGGGCCAGGAAGCCACCCUGGACCUCUUACCUCCCACAGAACUACACCAUGCCUCCCAGGAGCAGCACUGGCAGCUGUCAUGAUGGGUGACAAAAAGUACCAGCAGGGGGCGGAUAUUGUGGCACAGUCCAUAUCCAAGGGCCACUCUGAAUACCAGCUACUUUGCUCUUCUGACUCAGCACCCUGCUGGCGUCCCUGAGAAGCAGCAGCAGAUGA